AUGGGUGGCUAUUACAGUUUUGCUGGUGAAAUGGCAAUGCCAUUGGAAACGUUUGAUAAUUGCAAAGCACAAAGAUGGGACCUUCUGAAGGUGCGAAGCGUGUUGCACAUAUUACAAGGUUUAUCCAGUUCUCUUUUCUACUGGGACAAUAUUAGGCAGAGUUUUCAUGUCAAAAGUGGGAUAUAUGUAUCCCACCUUUCACAAACAAGUCUUCAUGGCAUUCUCAAUCAAUUUUCGUAUGCUGCAACAUGUCUGAAGCUGGUUGAAAAUGUAGUCAAUAAAGUAGAGAUAUCCGUCAGCUUGCCUUUGCCUACUUUGAGGGCUUUCACAAGCUCAGUUUCAGCUUGGCUCAAAUUCUUUUCUUUUGUGUUUGCCAACCCUGGUUCUAUUCAUGAUUAUAUGGAAUGGAAACUUAGACGGAGAUCUCAACCUGUCCUCACUUUGUUUCUUUGCUCAGGAGCAGAAUACCUAUUUCAAAUAGUGCAUGGAGCCAUUCCUAAAGUAUUUUUUGAGCAAGGUUCUUCCAUUCCUGCUGCUGAAAUAGCAGUUCAUAUUCUUGACCAUCUUUACAAGAAGCUCAAUGAAAUUUGUCCUGUAAAUGGUGGUGAGGAGGAUGCAUAUCGGAUGCUGCUUUAUAUAUUUGUUGGAAGUCUGUUGCCAUAUAUUGAGGGUCUUGAUUCCUGGCUUUUUGAAGGAUCGCUUGAUGAUCCUUUUGAUGAGAUGUUUUUCUAUGCCAACAAAGCAAUUUCUGUCAAUGAGUCUGAUUUUUGGGAGAAGAGCUAUCUGUUGAGACAAAUGCUAUGUCAAAAGCUUGAUGUUGCUAGUGCUAUUAAUCAACUAGAUUUAGAGGAUGAUAAGAAGGAAAUGACCGGAAGAGAAUCCAUUUCUGUCUCUAACCCGGUAAAAGGAAAAGAGCAGAACAAUAGAGACAUUCCAAUCUGUCCUUUGUUUAUUAAGGAAAUAGCAACAUCUAUUGUUUCUGCUGGAAAAUCAUUGCAACUUAUCCAACAUUCUCCGAUGAUGGUUUCUGUGGUACAUGGCAGAGGGGAUGAUCGGUCAUUGGUUGCUUCUGGAUGUUCUAACUCUGAUAAGGAUUUGAGCAAGACUCGUGAUGGGAGGAGGAUGGCUGGGUUAUCCUUGUCAGAGGUCUUCUGUGUAUCAUUAGCUGGUCUUAUUGGGAAUGGUGAUCAUCUUUCUGAAUACUGUUGGCAAGAUGAGCUCUUCAACCUCAAAAAUGUCCCCUUGUUUCAACCUUUUAUGGGUAAAAAGAAACUUGAAGAAAUUAAUAGUAAGAACUUGCCAGCAAUAAAAUGCUCAGAAAAGUUUUGGUACAAGAUUUUGGUUGAACAACUAUGUACAGAAAGAGAGUUUGAUUCAGAAUUUUCAUGCGAGAACAAAACCAAAUUUCUCGAGAUGGAAAAGAACACUUCAUAUACAUCAUUCUUCUCGGAAAAUCCUGUCAUCACAGUGUGCCAUAGCUUGCUUUCUGAGAAUAAGGAUGCAUGGGGUGUCCUGAGAUUGUCAAAAAAUUUCUUUCUUCCACCUCUUAAUGAUGAAGGGCUAAGAAAUGCAAUUUUUGGUGGGAAAGAUGAACCAUCUAUUGCAGCCAAAGGAACACAAUAUGCAUUUGGUUUUCAGUUUGAUGAAUCUCAUUACCUUCAUUCAAUGGAUGACACAAAAAUGUUAGAAGAACUAUUUCCAUUUCCAACCCUUCUUCCUUCUUUUCAGGAGGAAUGUUAUAUGUCUGAAUUCUUACCACUCCAGAAAAAUAGCAGCCUUCCAUCAAAAGUUUUUAGUUGGAUUCAAAAUGUUGAACCAAAAGGUACUCCACUUCCUGUGGUUAUUCUACAGGAAUGCCUUAUUGUCUACAUCAAAAAGCAGGUUGAUUUUAUAGGGAGGAAUAUAUUGUCUAAGUUACUUUGUGAAUGGAGGCUGAUGGAUGAACUGGGGGUGUUACGUGAUAUAUACCUGUUAGGUUCAGGUGAUCUGUUGCAACACUUUUUGACUGUAAUUUUUGACAAGCUGGAUAAGGGAGAAACCUGGGAUGAUGAUUUUGAGUUGAACCUGAUAUUGCAGGAAUCAAUUGCAAACUCUGCUGAUGGGCUUCUACUGAGUGCUCCGGAUUCUUUGGUCGUGUCAAUCACUAAAAACCAUGGUUUAAACAGUGAUGAACCUCAUAAUGCAGCCUCCCUUGUUUCUACUCCUCAUAAAAGUCGUGGGCAGAGCUAUGGAAUUGAUGGUCUUGAUUCAUUGAGUUUCACAUACAAGGUGUCAUGGCCGCUUGAACUUAUUGCUAAUACAGAAGCAAUUAAAAAAUAUAACCAGGUGAUGAGUUUCUUGUUGAAGGUUAGACGUGCCAAAUACGUACUUGAUAAAGCUCGGAGGUGGAUGUGGAAGGGUAGAGGCAGGGCAGCAACUAGUCACAAGCAACAUUGGUUAGUGGAGCAAAAACUUCUCCAUUUUGUGGAUGCUUUUCAUCAAUAUGUGAUGGACAGGGUAUACCAUAGUGCAUGGCGUGAGCUCUGUGAAGGUAUGGCUGCAGCAGCAUCAUUGGAUGAAGUCAUAGAAGUACAUGAGGCCUACUUAUUAUCAAUUCAACGACAAUGCUUUGUUGUUCCAGAUAAGCUGUGGGCACUGAUAGCUAGCCGGAUUAAUAGUAUCCUUGGACUAGCUUUAGACUUCUAUUCUGUUCAGCAGACGCUCACUAGUGGUGGAGCAGUUUCUGUCAUCAAGGCUAGAUGUGAAAUGGAAGUGGAUCGGAUAGAGAAACAGUUUGAUGAUUGCAUUGCCUUCCUUCUCAGAGUUCUAUCUUUCAAGCUCAAUGUGGGGCAUUUUCCUCAUUUGGCAGAUUUGGUCACCAGAAUUAACUAUAACUACUUUUAUAUGUCUGAUAAUGGCAACUUGAUCACAGCUCCUGGCUCUGAAGCUGUCUCCUCCAAGAUGGGGAAGGCAUUUGCUGUCUAA